AUGGGGGAUGUGACCAGCAACGUUCGGCGUGGAGACAACGCGCAUCUGCCCGAGAACGCGAACAGCAACGCAGGAAAGCCUAUCCUCGGUUCCAACCCAGUCGUCACGAAACGGAAUGACGGCGAAAGCUUGACCGACGAGGUGGGACGGCUCGGAAAGGUCUCCAGUGUGACCUUCGGUACACAGACGAGCCCGGUUCUCCCUCCUCCAAAGCACGCGGUCCGCGACAUGCGCUCCGUUGCAUCAGCAACCGAUCUUCCUGACCUUGAUCGGACGACUCUGGAUCUCAUCUUUGCAAACGGGGGGCGCUUCCAGACGUUCAUGGAUCAGCUUCGUUUUGGAAACGAAACCCUCCAGCAGCAGCUUCGCGGCCAAGAGGCUCAGCUCGGGAAUAUAUCCGCGGCUACGAUGGGCACAUUCCGCAACAUCCUCGUGUCGAUGGGCUUCCAAGAAAGCAGCCUUCCGGCGACAAUCAGUCCGGACGAGAUGUUGCGUCUCGUGAAGCAGGUUGAGACGAUUUCUGCGGUGGCUAUCACCGAGAUAGCGGCUAUGCGAACCUUGAUUGAGACUCUAAAGAAACAGAGGACUCAAGAGGUCGCCGACAUGGGAACGCAAUACUCACCUUCUGCCACUCCAGCCUCCGCUUCUACACGUCCAGUACCACCUCCGAUCCAAACGCAGUGGCAACCGAGAGGUUCCCCAACCCCAUCCCUUCCUUCCUUCGAUUCUAUCUUUGGCCAGAGCUCCCUAAACUCGUCGCCGGAACGCUAUGGCCAUACAAGCGGGAACUCGGCUUCGCCUAUGUCUAUCUCACCCGACGUAGCGCCUCAGUUCUCUCCCGAACCGCAGCCUUCUGCUCCUGGUCCCAGCGGACUAAGAUGGUCGCCUAAUCCCACGCAGACCCAAGUUUUCGGGCCAGAGCCAACGGUGGAGGCGAACGAAGACACUCCCGCGGUGCCGCUACGGAAAGCUACAAAGGGCAAGGGGAAAGGCAAGGCCCCUGCAACGAAGCGGUCUGCGAGAACAGCUCAAGCGCCAGAAAAGUUGAGUUACGACCCUGGAUACAUACAGACCUCGACGAGGAAAGGUAAGUAA